AUGUACAAGAAAUCGGAGUUGAUACUAGUUUCAUAUCCGUUGACCGGAACACUACCGAAAAGGGUGGAAGUGCCAAGUUGGUUACGACAAAAGCGCAAGCUCCCGGAAACUGCUUCUAUUCGUGUACGGUCUAGCGAUCUAUUACCAGUGAAAUCUACGCUUCAAUCGCCGACUAUAACUUCGGAAAUCGGUGCUGCGUCGCCCUUAAAAGUUCAAAAGGUUCUGCCAAGUUCGGACAACGUCCCAACCCAGAUCCUCCAGCAAAGCAUAACUCCAGAUCGCUCAACGGUUAUCCAGGAGAUGCAGACGUACGUCGAGAUGUAUCAACACUCUGCCCAGAUCACGCAGCAAUACCAGUACCAGUCAUCACCAGUCUUCCCACCUUCUACUCAACCACCCAGACAAUAUCCGGUUCUGAAACAACGAUUACUACAGCCCUCAUUAUCCACCUCAAUCAAUCAUCAAAAUCUCAUCCCACUGACCAACCAGAACCAGCAGCCCCAUCAAACACUUCCUCAUAAAAGCGCAUCGCAGCAACCUUUGCCGCAGCCAUCACAGCAGUCAGCGAUCCCGCCUUCCGUUCCCGUAUACCAGUGCAAGGCCUGCUGCUACAUGUUCCUCAACCAGCACCAUCUGUUGGCACACACGCGUAAGCAUGCCUUCCACGGAGAAUACCGCUGCGGCUGCGGACGCCCAUUCCGGGCGAUGCAUGACUUCGUGAACCACCUGAAGCAGCACAGCACCAUCUCGUGGUGUGAUCUGUGUGGGGAGCAGUUCGCGGACCGACACUGGGAACUCGGGCCGCAUCUGGAUCGGCACGUGCAGGUUGGGCUGGCCGAGGCGUGCGACUUCUGUUCGCUGGUGUUCAUCGACUUGCAGAGCCGGAUACGGCAUGUGGGGUCUUGCCACGAGGUUGAUCUUCGGCAGACGAUGGAGCUGAACGGGGGUGAGAUCAGGGGACAGGGGGCGUGGGGUCAAUAA